UCCAAAGGCACUCCAGUCCGUCUUGUAAAACAGACUUUUGACCGCUGUCUCAGAGGGUUUGCAUCAGGUCCAGAAAGUUUAGUGGAUGACUUGUUGGUCUCAGGACUUUUUGCUCUUAGGUUAUUUUAAAUUUGACAUCUUAGGAGCUUGAUAAACUCAGUCGAAUCAGUGCGUGAUAGCCAUUUAUUUACUCAGAAAAGUUGCGCGCGUCGCUCCGUCUGUGUUGUAUCUGUUGAAACAUCUGACAUGAAAGCCGUCAGAAUGGUCCCAUCACUGCUCCUGGUACUGUUUCUGCUGGUGCUGAUGCAGUCCGGUGCUCUGUGCGCACGGAGGUUCCGGGGCGGCCGCAACCCGCAGCCUCGCCGCUCGCCGCCUCCUCCCACGCACCGGGCGGACAGGGGCGAUACCACGGAGAGCUUCCCUCUGGACUUCACCGCAGUGGAGGAGAACAUGGAUAACUUCAUGACGCAGGUGAAGAACCUCGCGCAGUCCUUGUACCCGUGCUCGGCACAGAAGCUUGACCACGACAUGAAGCUGAACUUUCUGGUGAAUACGUCAGUCACCUGCAACGACGGGAGUCCCGCCGGGUACUACCUGAAAGAGUCUCGGGGCAGCAGACGCUGGUUGAUAUUCCUUGAAGGCGGCUGGUACUGCUUUAACAAGGAGAACUGCGACAGCCGAUACGAGACCAUGAGACGGUUUAUGAGCUCUUCCAAGUGGCCCCAAACUAAAAGAGGCACGGGGAUCCUGUCUCCACUGCCUGAGGAAAACCCUCACUGGUGGAACGCAAACAUGGUGUUCAUUCCCUACUGCUCCAGUGACGUGUGGAGCGGUGUUACGGCUAAGACAGAGCAGAAUGGAUAUGCUUUCAUGGGUUCCCUGAUUAUCCAGGAAGUUGUAAAAAAUCUUCUGGGCAAAGGUUUAGACAAUGCCAGGGUACUUCUGUUAGCAGGAAGCAGUGCUGGUGGCACAGGGGUUCUUCUGAAUGUGGAUCGUGUAGCUGAGCUCCUAGAGGGGCUGGGCUACGCUGGGAUACAGGUGCGAGGCCUGUCCGAUUCGGGUUGGUUCCUGGACAACAAGCAGUACCACUGCACGGACUGUGUGGAUACAAUCGGUUGCACGCCCACAGAGACUAUCAAGAGAGGAAUCACGUACUGGGGAAGUGUGGUGCCUGAUAGGUGCAGGCAAAGCCAUGAAGGAGAGGAGUGGAAUUGUUUCUUUGGAUACAGAGUCUUCCCAUCAAUUAAAAGUCCCGUGUUUGUGGUCCAGUGGCUGUUUGAUGAGGCCCAGUUGACAGUGGACAACAUCCAGCUAACAGGUCAACCUGUGCAGGAAGGCCAGUGGCGCUACAUCCAGAAUCUAGGCAUUGAGCUGAGGAACACACUCAAAGAUGUCCCGGCUAUGUUUGCUCCAGCAUGUUUAUCACAUGAAGUUAUCACCAGAAACUACUGGAUCGACGUGCAAGUCAAAGGGACCUCUCUGCCCCGAGCCCUUCACUGCUGGGACCGCAGCCUCCAUGACAGCAGGAACAACAAGCCACCGCCCAAAGCUUGUCCUGUGCAUCUGAUUGACAACUGCCCCUGGCCGCACUGCAACCCCACCUGCCCGACCAUUCGGGACCAAUUCACAGGGCAAGAGAUGAGCGUUGUGCAGUUUCUCAUGCACAUGGGGUUUGACGUGCAGAAGAUGGCCCAACAGCAAGGCAUGGACCCGAGCAAACUACUUGGCAUGCUGAGCAGUGGCAGCUAAAAGGGACACAUUAUCCAGUUUUAAGCUAGAACUAAGCAGGACUGGAUGAUCUUUCUGGCCUGUCUCCCAUAACUGAUACCUCUGCUCAGUGCACAGUGUAAAACGGUAUAAAAAAAGCACAGUCAGUAAAGCUCUUAAAAGUAAGAAGAAAGUAAGUUGCCUUUAUUUUAGUAUUAAAGAUACCCAAAUGAAAAUAAGUUGUCAGAUAGCAUCUGCACUAAAUAUUGCGAUGAUUAUGAAAAUAAGCAGACAAAGUUGGAAUUUCGCAUGAGCUUGAUUGAGACUUUUACGAUAUGAUCACAUUUCAGCAAAAGGGUAUAUCAUGAUCAAAUUCAUCUCAAUUAAAACAGGAAGCAACAUUUAUUUCGAUUGGUGCUAAAAUGAUUUAACAUUAUCAUUAUUACAGUUUUCAUAGCUAUAUCUAUAAAAUUUGUUUGUAGAAGUUAUUUUGACUGAUACAUUGACCCAAGCAAAAUCACACAGUAACUCUAGAGAAAUCUGUUCCAAAGGAUUAAUGUCCUCUCCCAUUUUCCAUUGAAAUAUAUUUUUUAUAAAUAAUAGAACACCACUGACAUGGGUUAAGAGAUUUUUCAGUAUGAUAACCUGAAAAAUAAAUGACUGGUUAAUCAGUUCAGGCAUCUGCUCAGGUGGCUAACUUGUAGUCAGCUGCCUUCAAUCAUGCUGCUUUUGAGUUGCCAACUAUAGUGUUAAAACAAUGUCACCUUUAACAAAAGUGAUGGGUGAUGCUCCUUUUUAUUUACACAGCAUGACUGUCUGUGAUUUUUGCAAGCAAUCGGUUUUCUCCAAUCUCCAUACAGUCAGAGAAAUCUUCAACCACAUGCCACCGACCCCGGCAUGUCAUUUAAAUGACCUUAAACUGCAGGAACCAUAUAAUGAAAACUUUUGAUGAUUUUGAAACAAUAAUUUUAUAAAAUAUUGAUAUACCUUGAUACCUGGAACUGGUCUACACCUAGUUGAAAUUGGACAUGCGAAUUUUUGCAGCUGAAGAUAUAACAAUAUAUUAUAGUGCUAAUCAUACUCUGAAAUGGUGCUAAGGUGGAUCUGGAAACAUGUCAGAAACAGCUACACAUACGUAUUAUAGUGCCAUUACAUCCAUACCUCUUUCGUACGGACUGUGUCAUCAUCACAGGACACACACUUAUGUCAGGUCAACUCCCUACAGCUCAACAGUCAUCAAACUCAAUGCACAAUGAACAUUUAAAGGGAGACAAAUGUUGUGUAUUGUAUAUUUUAUGAGUAUUUGUAUAGAUUAUUUGCAAGUGUUCACCAUUGUAACUCCCUUCUUUUAUUUCAUCAUAGAGAUCACGUUUUAAUAUAAUGACAUUGUUUCUAUGUAAUGAUGACUUUAUAAAAUAUGCUUGUAAAGGACCUCUAUUUUUCAUCACACCGGAAAAAUGGAGAAGUAUUACUAAUUGUAAUUUUAUUCUGUAACAUAUUUUUUAACAAAAAAGUAACUCAAGCUACAUUGGUAUCUUUUACAUAUUUAUUUUGUUAUGUAAAUCAUAUUUAUAAGUGCUAUUUUUUUUUUUUUUUACAGAGAAGUGAUUCUUUGUGAAUUGUAAAUACAUUGCUGUUCUUUGCUUUGUGCUGAUUGCAUGUCUUUGUAUCACACCCAAAAAGGAAGACAUUACAUAUACUAUACGGUGAACAUU